UAAGUACAGUUCUGGAGUAAAUGUACUCGUCCACUUUCCACCGCGUUCGUCUUAUUUUGGAACAAGUGACCGGAACUACCCAAAUUCACCUUCGCCAUCUUGACACGUAGUCCAGCGGCAGAGAAAGACAGGGACUAACGGGAGCGGGGUCGGUCUGGAAAUUAAAUCAAACGGAGGGAGACGCGGGCCAAGCGGGUAGACACGAGCCUUAAAAGACGCUGAGAUCAUCUGCCUCCACCUCUUGGCAUCUGCAGACGGGGGAGUAGCCGUUGGAGGGAAGCACAGGGACUGGGAUGAAGAUGCUCGCCGCUCUCCCUCUGGACCUCCUGAUCCAUCCCAUUAGCUUCACUUAGAGUUUCGUCUGGUGUUUUUACAAGACCAGAUUGUGACAGAGUUUCCAACACAUACAUAUACACAUCUUUUUAUCACCUCUUGCUUGUCUCCUGGCAGAGCACGUUUAUUGGCGUUUUGGCAGAACACUAACACUCGCUGCCACUUUUUUAUAAACAGUCUUUAUUGAAAACAUGGCAGACGUGUGCCCGUACGGCCGCUUCACCCACGCUGUGGUGCGCGGCAUCCCUGAGACCUUCGGGAAGGCCGCCGGAGAGGGUCGAGAGAACGGGGAGAUCUCAGUGGACCUGGCCAAGGCUCAGCGUCAGUUCGGUUGCCUGACAGGAGCCCUGAGGCAGAAGGUGGGCCUGCAGCUGAUCGAGAUCCCCCCUGACCCCGAGCUGCCGGAGAGCUGGAGGAUAGAGGAUGUGGCAGUCAUCCAGGGAGACACGGCGCUCAUCACCCGGCCCUUCAAACAGCAGAGACGCAGUGAGGUGGAGGCAGUGAGGAGGGUGAUGUCAGAGCUGAACCUGACCGUGGUGGAGAUGGGGACUGAGGAGGGGGACUCCGGAGGGGCCACCCUGGAGGGCAGCGACGUCCUCUUCACGGGGAGGGAGUUCUUUGUCGGCAUCUCCUCCCACACCAACCGCAGAGGGGCAGAGGUGCUGGCCGACACUUUCAGGGACUUUGCCGUGUCCACCGUCCCCGUCUGCGGUGGAGCCCGGCUGAAAAACAUCUGCUCCAUGGGAGGUCCAGACACAAUCAUCAUCAGCAACAGUGACGGGGCCAAGAAGACACUCCGGAUGAUGGAACAACUGACUGAUCACCACUAUGAAGUCCUCACUGUCCCCGAGGAAUCGGCCGCAAACUGCAUCUACAUCAAAGGUCCGUCUAAACGGGACUUCCUGCUCCACCGGCCUGCAGAGGAGUGUCCUGACAGCAUCUCUGCCUUCCAGAAGCUCCAGGACUACACCCUCCUGCCCACAGCCUGCGGCGAAGCGUCCAAGCUGGGAGCGUCUCUGUCCUCGCUCUGCCUCCUCAUCAACAGAAAACACACGCAUUUCUGAAAGCGCACUCCCAACGCUGAGUAUGUUACACAGUAUGUACCUGCACAUGUUCAUGGUGGAGGGGGGAGGCUCUGAAACUUUCCGCUUAUUAAAAUUCUUGUCUAUUUAUUGUUCAAAGAAACAGUGACACACAGUCUUUGUAUGAGAGAAUACGAUCUGUCAACAGACUUCCUGUAGCCAAGAGCCAAUUCUUGGCACAGCUGCUCCCCCGGCUGGACAAACAGUGCAGCGCCCAAAGUAUAACAAAACCACUAAAUUCAACUGUAGUCUCUCACUGUUUAAGUUGUAAUUCGUGAGCACCACUGACUUCACAACACGUUUACUGGAACAGUAAACGUGACUUUAAUACCAUCCAAAGCCUUUUUAUUUCGAGGAAACUGAAUUCAAUGGUUAAGAGCUGUAGAAUAACCUGUGGUACCCAGGUUCAUGACCAUGUAUAGCUCUUAUAUGCAUUUCAUUACUCUUAAAAUGUAUUAGUUGUUUUACUGACAGUUUCAAUUACAGGCUGUGUAGCUGCUAAGUAUAGAAAUAGUUAAAAAAAAAUUUUUUGGCUUUUCCUGUGUAUGAAUUUGUAGCGAGUGUUAAAGAUGUCAAUAAAAUUUAACUGAACACUA